CAGCCAAGGAUGCCAGUCAUACCGGAGAAUCGGAGGACUGUUGACGCAUAACGCGUGCUUCGAUGUGAAUUUAGUCCUUAUGGCGAACGGUUUUGUAGGGUCCACGAAGAGUUUCCCAUUCUCGUUUGAUGUGGAUGUGGAGGAAGAGGAGCAGGGCCGGGUGACGCCGCGGCUCGCCAAGCGCAUCGGCAGCGAGAGCCCCACGAGCGCCGUGGGAGCCGAGGCUCCGCGCGAGCUGCCCAACGAGCUGUCGGCGCCCUACGAGGUGCCGCAGUUCCCCAUCGAGCAGAUAGAAAAGAAGCUGCUCAUCCAGAGACAACUUAAUGUCAAGGCAGCAGAAUGCGGUCAGUCAGUUCGUUCGUUCGGUGGAAGCGAGGCCGGUGGCGCGGGCGCGGUGUUCGACGAGAAGCUGCGCUCCGCUGACGAUGACGACACGGACUUUGUGCUGCCGCACUUCCAGAGAGUCGCCAUCAGCGGCGAGGAUACUUCUGGGGUCCCGCUAGAGGAUCUCCAGCAGGCCUCCUCGUACCUGGUGCAGGCGCUGGAGCUGCGCAAGCGCUACAUGGAGAUCUCGCAGCAGAGCUACGCCAUGAUCACGGCGCGCUUCGUGCGCAGCACUGACGCCAACGCGCCCGCCUACGUGCCCAGCGUGCACGUGCACAAACACAUCGCAGAUCACAUAGUCCACCCCCCGUUCAGGGCGGGCAAGGACCCGUGGGAGUGCCCGAACCCGGCUCCGAAGGACUACGUGAUCAGGUCUGACAAGGGCGUGUUCAACCUGUACCAGCGUGACGCGGCGGGGGCUGAGUCCCGCCUGCCCUACGAGUACAUCACGCUGCAGCAGUACAUCGCAGACAUGAACAUCAUGUGCAAUAUGAUGUCUGAUGGACCGCUGAAGUCGUUCUGCUACCGGCGGCUGUCGUACCUGUCGUCCAAGUUCCAGCUGCACGUGCUGCUGAACGAGCUGCGCGAGCUGGCCUCGCAGAAGGCCGUGCCGCACAGGGACUUCUACAAUAUCAGGAAAGUGGACACGCACAUUCACGCUGCUUCGUGUAUGAACCAGAAGCACCUGCUGCGCUUCAUCAAGAAGACUCUCAAAACACAUGCUGAUGAGGUGGUGACCCUACACAAAGGCAGUCCGAUGACGUUGAAGGCGGUGUUCCAGUCCAUGAACCUCAGCACCUACGACCUCACCGUCGACAUGCUGGACGUGCACGCGGACCGUAACACCUUCCAUCGUUUCGACAAGUUCAACGCCAAGUACAAUCCCAUCGGCGAGAGCAGACUGAGGGAGGUGUUCCUCAAGACAGACAACUAUAUGAACGGGAAAUACUUCGCCAGGAUCAUCAAGGAAGUAGCAUCAGAUCUUGAAGAGAGCAAAUACCAGAACGCGGAGUUGAGGCUUUCGAUCUACGGCAAGAGCCCGAGCGAGUGGGCCAAGCUGGCCAAGUGGGCCAUCCAGUACAACGUGUACUCCGACAACGUGCGCUGGCUCAUCCAGAUACCCAGGCUCUACGAUAUCUUCAAGUCGAACAAGAUCAUGAACAACUUCCAGGAGUUCCUGAGCAACAUCUUCCAGCCGCUGUUCGAGGUCACGCGCGACCCCAACAGCAACUACGAACUGCACAAGUUUCUUACUCACGUAGUCGGGUUUGACAGCGUGGACGACGAGUCCAAGCCGGAGAACCCGAUGCUGGACCCCGAGUCCCGGUGCCCCGAGGAGUGGGAUGAUGAGGAGAACCCCCCCUACGCGUACUACCUCUACUACAUGUACGCCAACAUGACCGUGCUCAACCAUUUCCGGAAGGAACAAGGGUUGAACACGUUCGUGCUGCGCCCUCACUGCGGCGAGGCGGGCCCUGUGCAGCAUCUGGUGUGCGGCUUCCUGCUGGCAGAGAACAUCUCGCACGGAUUGCUGCUUAGGAAGGUACCAGUCCUGCAGUACCUGUACUACCUGGCGCAGAUCUCCAUCGCCAUGUCCCCGCUCAGCAACAACUCCCUCUUCCUGAACUACCACCGCAACCCGCUGCCCGAGUUCCUGGCGCGCGGACUCUGCAUCACGCUCAGUACUGAUGACCCGCUGCAGUUCCACUUCACCAAGGAGCCGCUGAUGGAGGAGUACAGUAUCGCGGCGCAGGUGUGGAAGCUGAGCUCCUGCGACAUGUGCGAGCUGGCCAGGAACUCCGUGCUUAUGUCCGGGUUCCCGCACGAGAUGAAGCAGUACUGGCUGGGCCCGAACUACAUGAAGGAGGGCGUGGCCGGGAACGACAUCACGCGCACCAACGUGCCCGACAUCCGCAUCUCCUUCAGACACGAGACGCUGCUGGACGAGCUCACCAACAUCUUCAAGGAGGGUAUGUCAGCUCGGAGGUAAACAUCCAUAAACACGACAGUGGAUGCAGAAACAACAUUAACGAAAUACUAACUUUUAUAUAACUAAAAACUUUUAUAUAACUAAAAUCAACGUAGACUGUAUAUUAAUCAAUAAAUUUUAUUAUAAAAUACGUAAAACCAGGGCGUUUGUGCUUCAAAUAAAAAAAAAGAUAUUAUAAGGAUAGCUCCUAUUACCCCUUGUGAUAAAUAAGAAAAAAUGAAAGAUUGAAAGUGCCAUUUCAUUGUAAUAAUGAAGUACCACUACUUUAAAUAUAUUAGAAAUAUAAAGUGCUUUGAAUGUGGAUGAUGAACAGUCUCCUUAGCCAAGUGACAGUAAGCGUAGAUAGAAACGCUGGAAUAUAUUCAGAUGACGCGCAGACACGUGACAUAUUGAAACUAAAUGUCAUUUGCAUACAUUUGAACGUUGAUUAUUGACGUGUAAAACUGUGACUUGGCUAAAGAGGCUGCUGUAGUUUUCAAAUUUAGAGUUCGUAGCUUCGACUCCAGUCGAUCGUUGAUUACAUUUGACUGGUCUUCGGAGAGGUAUACUUCAGGAGCUGGUGAAUGAUUUAAAGCACUUGAUGGUCUAUUCCCCAAUAAAUGUUAACUCCUAUAGAUUUAAUUUAUUGAUAUAAGUAGAUAGAAACUUAGAUGUUUUUUUUUAACUUCCAGUUUUAAGCAGAACUACAGUCUAUAAAUUAAACUUUGAAAAGUCAAUUUUACCAUUUUGCUAUUAAAGUUUAACAGUAAAAAUGCAUUUAUUCGUACAUAAUGUUUGUCAAAUAACAUGUUUUUGUUAAACACCGUCCACAUUCAUUGUACAUAACAUUUUCAGAUU